AUGGACGAGGCCUACCACUGGUAUCUGGACUCCCUAAUUCGGCGAGCUUUCAAUAAACUGAAACAGUUGGCUCAUGCCACAGCCAUCGCCUCCACAGUUCCUGACAACGAAAAGCCUGAAACUCCCGGCGCCAAGAUGGUUCUGUCGUCGAAACGCAAGGCCAGCCGUCAGCUGUCCAUUUUAACGCCGGAGAACCUGCAGACCUGUUUGAGCCGACUGUUGCAAUGUGACGCCAAGCAGGCCUCCGUAGUAGAGCUGGUGCGUUGCGCAUUCACCGAGCAUCGAUCGGUUCCGGACGAGGAGGGAGCCAAUGAAAGCGUCGUGGUCAUCUCACCUGAUGCGACGGUUUCCGUCGAGGGCCUAUUCGCGAAGGUAAGGCUAUGCUUUGUACAAUGCACCCACUGAGAUUUAACCUGCCCCCUCGUGAUGAGUUUCCUUUGUUGUUAAAUCGAUGCGAUCAAUUUCUGCAAGAGGAAAGGUGGAUUUCAAAUAAAUCAAUAAUUAUUAGCAAGUCGUACGCACACAUAGCAGAGGGUAAAGCGACCUACGUAUUACCUCCCAUGGUUCCAGUGUUUACAAGCCACGCUGCUAAAUGCGCCUUUAUGUUUCAGACUGGUUACUCACUGAAGUUCAGGAAGUGGUUGAAUAUCAAUCCUAAAACUGAGUAACGUCAAGAAUCUAUUGAUCAAAUGUAAUCUUCAACGUACAUGGGAUAGAUGUAACCUUAUAAGACUCUUGGUGAAACACUGUGAUUAUUUGUCCUUGUUAUUCGCAUUUGAGCAAUUGGGAUCCUGGUUUCCGGCGGGACGGUACGAUCAGGUUUAGCUUAGGCAAGCAGAUUGGCUUGGGUAAGGUUCAGGUUAGCGGCUAGGGUGAGGGUUAGAGUUCAGGUCAACUGAUUAGCAUGGAGUAUUGGUUAGAUGGAGGGCUGAAUCUAACUCUAACCCGUCACCUAACCCCGACUCAGGUUCUGAUCGUAAGCCUUAUUCUAGCAUUAGUCCUAAUUACCGAACACUUAUCGCCUAACCUCGCAGCCGACCGCAAACCUAAAUCAAACCUAACUCCAGCUCUAAACUUACCUAUACCUCUGGACUUUUUCCUAAUUCCACUCCCGGCAGCAAACCUGAUUCUAGGCCCAGCCCCGUUGUUAUUUUAAACUAAACCUAGUUUAAUGGUCCCCUGACGGACGGUUCGAGCCCAGGCUACUCAAGUAAAUAGAGUAGCUAACAAAACUCUUAAACAUUUUUUUACAACCCGCCUGCACUACGUCAAUUUCAUGCAAGGUUAAUGUUUUGCAUCUUCACUAAGACAGCGACAAGUUUUUGUUCCUGCGCAGCCCUGCACGACAAAAGGCCUAAACAAUCGUUCAAUCAAUCUCGUUGGACCACCUAAUGUUUUCAUUAAUCUUUCGCAGCCGUCUUGUUCGAUUGUAUGCAUUUAAAUCAGUUUUGCCCACGAGCGACUCGCAGUCUCCUCUAGGUCUCUUGGCUUUACAACUACAGUGAGUGACCGAUCUCAUGAAAAGUUGGCCGAAAUUCUGAAGUGCGUUUUCGAUUAGGAAGGAUUACUUAGGAGGGGUUGUAAUACUGAUCAUCAUGAGGCAAAAUCCUAUAGUAAUUAAGACUCUCCCGGAUGUAAUCUUUUGAUUGAGCUUCUUUUCGCUCCCACUUCAAAAACUAUACUCGGUUAAAACUGACUACUUAAGUAGCAUGCAUUUUCUCUAUUGAUUUUCGAUGGUCUUGUAAAUUCAAAUAUAUUCUAUGGAAAACAUGCACAUAAUAUGCUUUCUUUUACUCCUUCGGUAGAAAAUCACAUUGUCUUGAUAUUUUAUAUCCGAAGAUAGUGUAUAUUUAGGUUUUAAAAAAGUUUUACAAUUCCCGACUAAUUUUGAGUCUGAUCUGCCAUUGCAUUAGCGUUUGGCAAUUUCAGUCUACAAGGUGCACGCUUUUCGCGUAAGGCAAAUCAUAUGUUCCUCUAUGCCUUUAAGAAGGUACCACAUAGAGUUCCUUAACUUUCGCAAUGGAUCCGGAAUGUGUUGUGCAUUUUAUAAGGAGCAUUGCUAAACGGACUGGUGCGGUCUUGUAUGCAUGAACAUCACACGGCCUUAAAAAUCUCCUUAUUAGAAACUCUUUUAAAAUCCAAAUAUACACUUUCUUCGGGUAUGAACUAUCAAGCCAAUGUGAUUUUCUACCAAAGGAGUAAAAGAAAGCAUAUUAUGUACAUGCUUUCUAUAAAAUGCAUUUGAAUUUACAAGGCCAUCGAAAAUCAAUAGGAAAAAUGCAUGCUACUUAAGUAGUCAUUUUUCACAAAGGGCGUUUUCGGCAGGAGGUCAAAAAGGAGUGCAUCCAAAAAUCGACAUCCUAGUGAGUCUGAAAUGCUAUAGGCUUAUGCUGCAUACUUAUCAUUAUUACAACCCCCACCUAAGGUAUCCUUCGUAAUUGAAAACGCAUUUCAGAAUUUCGGCCAACAUUUCAUGAGAUGGUUCACGCACUAUGCCAAGUUUGUCAGUUACAAUUAUUUAUUUUCUAUGCCUAAGAGGUUUAUCUUGCAGUUGGUGUAUAAAUGUGGUUCGAGCUGCGUUUGGCUCGCCUUACGCAAUAGAGAUAAGGGAAUAUCGAUUAUUCGCAGUUGACAUUCUGCACUCGAUUCUGUCCCAGUGCAUCUGUUUUCGGAUUGUGCGGGUGUUGUACUUAACCCCCUACCCCCACGAGGAGUCACGCUGUAGAUGCACCGGAUCAGCACAGGCGGUCGGAUUGGCUAGUGGAACGCGUCAACCGGUUUGCGCCGAGUCCACGCCAGACCAUAACUAUUGCCACAACACAUGGAGGGGUGUAGCGUGACACGCCUAGGCGUGGGCUUCACACUACUUCAACCACUAAGCCUAAUCCCAGCGCGAGAUGGCCCGAAAGGCUCAACACUGGGACUCUAUCUCAACGGCACAGCAGCUCAUUCCUCACUAGAAUACAGUAGACGUCAAGAGUCUACAAAAGUACCCGUAAUUAUGCCUCAAGAUGAUUAGUAUUGCAAACCCAGUAAAAUAAUCCAUUCUGAUCAAAAAUACUUUUCAGAAUUUCAGUUAGCGACUGAAGAGAUAGGCAAGAUAGUGUAUAUACGUUUAUUUUCCAAAAUAACAUAGCUACAACUCAAAUUUAUAUGGGUAUCACAAUCAACGGUAAAAAUUCAUGCUACAUGAGUAGUCCUUUUUUACGAAAUAUAGAUUAUGUAGGCGGUCGAUAAGGGUCCCAUUCGAAGGCCGGAAUCUUAGCGUAGUUAAAAUGUCUUAACAUUCUGAGACAUGAUAACCAAUAUUACAACCCUACUUACAGUAGGUGGGCCAACUCAUGAAAUGUCAACCGAAAUUGCGAAAUGCGUUUUCGUUUUGAAAAGAUUACUUAAUUUGGGUUGUAAAACUGAUCAUCAUGGAGCAUAAUUCUAUAAUGAUCCAGUUACCUCAAGGGUUCGGCUUUCGAAUGAACUUAUUUUCGACUGCAUGCAAUAACUAUACUCUGCAAAAAAUGACUGCUUAAGUAGCAUGCAAUGUCCUCGUUGAUUUUCGAUUCCUUUAAGAGUUCAAUUAUAUUUCAUAAAAAUGCAUAAAAAUAUUCAGUCAUUUACUUAAUCGAUAGAAAAUAACGUCUUCUUUCAAUUCGCUGCUCGAAGGAGGGGCAUAAUUCGGUUUUAAAAAGUUGAUAAUUGUGGGAUUUUUCAAUAUUGUGAAAUGGCCGCGCAUAAAACGUCAUGUCUCUGCUUUUAGUAAUGUGGCUUGCACAGUUAGCAAUGUGGCUCAAACGCACUGCUAAAUUUUAUGAACCCCAUGUGGUCUCCUCUUAAUACCGUAGAGAAAUAUAUGGUUUUCCGUAUGCCGAAAAUAUACGGCUUGUAGUUUUGAAACCCUGAAUCCAUGUGUGACUGUAGAGCGAGUUCAAAUUUAUUCGGGAAUUAGAAAAGUUUUUUUUAAAACCGAAUUAUACCCUUCCUUCGAGUAUAAGAUUGGAAGAAGACGUUAUUGUCUACAAAUGAGCAAGAGAAUGAAUAUUUUUGUUCAUUUUUUUCCAUGAAAUAUAACUAAACCUUUAGGAGCAUCGAAAAUCAAUGAGAAAAAUUCCUGCUGCGUAAAUAGUCAUUUUUACAGAGUGUAGUUUUCGCAUGCAGCGGGAAUUUCAUUCGAAAGUCGGCAUCCUGAGGUAUCUGAAAUAUUCUUGAAUUAUGCUGCAGGUUGACUAGGUUUACAAGCCUACUUAAUAAAUCUUUUUGAAACGAAAACGCAGUUCGGAAUUUCGGUUAACAUUUCAUGAGUUAGCCCAACUACUGUAUGUCCGACCCAGGAAUCAUGGACACUGGGGCUUUUCUCCUUCGAAAUGUAUGAUUUAAAAUGCCUCGGACCAGUUUGGUUUGUCACUUUGGUUCAUCCUACGGAUGGCUAACCAAAUUAUUCUUUCCAGUGUACAUUUCGAAGUCAUACAGUGAUUGUAAAGGCUUAUAAUGCAUUUGCUGUGUAUCUUAGACAAGCGUUAGCUUAUCAAAGAUUCACCAAGGGAGCUUGCAAUGCUGGCAAACAUUGAAAAUGAACCAAAGCUAAUUCAUACAUAGUGAUCUGCUGGAUAUCGAGGGAGAAUCAUUCCAGCCUCGGAGCAUAUUUUUUGCUUGUUUUUGCUUAUCUUUCCUCGAGAAGCUCAUUAGAAAGUCCCAUUUAUUGUGGUUUUGACGGAAAGUAGGCAUAGUUGAAAAGAAAUAAUUCUUGAACUUGUCUCGCCAGCACUACUCAUACACUCGCUUCAAAUUUAUUUGACUCAAGGUCACUGAACAGGGUCAUACAUUGAUGUUGGACAAACGGUCCUGUUCGUAUCUCAGAAGGAUGGUGAUUAAUCAGACACAUUAGAUAAUUCCUAAGUUCACGUCUGGUCCAUCCGAUUCUUGUGAAUCUUUGAAGAAGAAAAGCAAAAUUUUGAGGGCUUGCAUUUACCGGUGUUCGUGUGGUAUUCCAUUUUUCCCUUUUCAGAAACCGGGACAACCGCAACCUGACUUCGUCAACCUUCUUGUAGAACGACUAGAAGCGGAAAGGAAGGCAACCAUAAACCAUAUAAUUAUGGAAUUACAACGUCAUAAGAGGUCCUCAGCGUACGUAAACGCCCUUUUAUUAUUUCGAAGGAGAUUUUAGGCCCUUAUAACACUUUACGAACUAUGAAGAUCCCGGUCAGACGGAGGCAUCUGAGAUCUAACUAAGACGUUACAAACCGAACUUUGGGUAUCUCGUGGAGAAUUGAACUAGAGCCACUGAAAUUUGAAGUAUGAUGUUAAUUCAUACUCUUUUACUGCGUGAUAAACGUGCAUUCAAUACUUGAGUUCGCACGUAGGUGUUUAAAAGACUGGAUUAGGUUAGCCACCGUUACGGAGAACUGGUUGCGUCUGUAUGUCUAACUUGUUGAAAACCUGCUUACGAAAAUGAACGCAUCUACGGCCCCUUUUUGUAAGAUUCUUAUAGGUACCGUGACAUCAGUCGGAUGGCAAAACGACAACUCUCGAAAUAACUGACGGAACAGUCAUUUUAAUCGUCACCUAAAUGAUGGGAAAGUGAAAUUCUAGUUUGAUAUGACCUUGGACACUCUCAUUCAGCCCAAAGAAAUGUUUGAAGUCGGAAAGAAAACGAUACUCACGCCAGAACUCCUAGGUACAAGACGACAGUGGAAGCAUUGGAGUUUUCGGCCAGCGAGCAGAGUAAAUAUUUUCGACCGUCAGCGCACUUGCUACAUUCAUCUUAUUCGACAGUGCGACUGGAUUCUGAACACCACUGUCCGGGUCAGAUGCGCACGAAACCAUACGUUCCUACCCGACCCUGGUCAUACCUUCAAGACUACAAUUCAACUCAUUUGUAGCUGGUCGACCGGGCCGAUACGUUGCAUGAUUACUAUAGGCCAUAUCAGUACGCUUCUGAUGGCUGUCGUCUACAUUCUGGCAGCGUUCGCAUUGUAGUGGGCAUUAAUAUUUUCGACCAUGACGAACAAAGACUGAAACGUUGAUUUACUCUGGAGACAGGUGAGAGGGUGCCGUUGGUGAUGAUAAUUCUAUUUUUUGUAGUGGGUACUUAACGCUUUGGGGAGUCCAAAUGCGCCCGUCGAAGCGAAUCUGCAGUCUGACGGCCAUGGGCGCGGUCGUUUUAGCCUGCACACUUCGGAUGCCGAAAAGAGAUUUCCAUUGGUUCAACAGCUGACGUUGACUUCAAUCCAGUUUGUACGGUUUGUGUUCCGUCCACACGGCAAAGAACAAGAGACCGGAAGGGGUGGGAUAAAGGAUACAACCGUACUUUGCAUCGCCUGUCAUCUUGAAGGGUUCUCAGACUGAUAGGCUUGUGGAGUUGCAAUGUUUAUGGCAUCCGCAUCAUCCUUCAAAACGGAAGUCUCAUUCCAGACAUGCCUUCAGGCGACUGAGAAGAACGAGGAGAGAUGCAGCCAAAAUCCACUUCGUCGAACCGUCUUUACUUGGAAAAGUGAGUUCCACUGAGAGCCGCAAUACCCACCCUUUAUCAAGUCAGUUCGCUGGCGAUCAGGACUGUCCACCUGGAGUAUUUCAAAAGCGUACGCGGCCUUUGGGUUAAAAAGACAGAUCCCAGUUUUCAUUCCUAAAACUCGGCAGUGUUGGUGACGGGUGGGUGAUCUAAAAUGUCAAAAUUUCCCUUAACAUCAGUGGGCAAAUAUUUGGAUCUGUGAAUCAAUACUUUUGUACAAGAAGUAAUCCGCCUUUCGAUAUACAGUACGUGACUUAUCUCAUGAAAUCUGAUAACGGAAUCUGAUGGGAGAAUUUCUGGACGCCUUCAACGUUGUGCAUCUUGUUCGCUCAUCCACUUCCUUCAAUAAAAUGUCCUUUUCUUGUGCAGGAAUUGUGUUAACGCAAUUAUAUCAAGUAAAAUAUCAGUAAAUUUUAGCGAAAACGAACCUUGAAAUAUAUUCGUGCAAGUUCCUAUGCUAAUACAUGUCAGUUCUAUUUAAAGUUAUCAGGCACCGACCGGCCUCAUAGCAUGUCACCUUAUGAAAACUUCUGUUCCUACGACGUCCCCAUCGGUGAACUUAAGCAAAAUCCAGUUUCUCUUGUUGAACCCCACCUCAUUUACAUCAAAGAAAUAAAAUUAAAAGCGACACAUUGGAAAACUGUUUUGGAAUCUGCACUCGGAAUGUUGGCAGUUGACAACCUGUCAUAUAUGAAAUCACACUACUUAUUAAACGAUAUUUAGAUGUAAACUUCAAUAUAACACUGUUAUUAGACGUUAUUGUAUGUCUACUUUCAUAUUUACUGCGUUUUUAGUAUGAGAAUACAAUCCGUACAUCUAAAAACGAACUUAACUUAAUUAGAGCCAUUUCUGACGUUUUCUUGAUAUUUAGCUUUUCAAAAUAAAUCAGCAUUUCUAAACAACGCAACACUGCCUUUAAUGUUUCUUUUAUAUUUUUAAUUCUUUUAAACUUGUAAUUAAUUAACAUAGAAAUCGGACUCAUGAAAUGGUGUCGGUUUGCGGGUGAUUGGCAAUCAUUCGUAAAUUUUGACACAUUUCAUGAGUUAGGUCACUAACUGUACGCUGGGAGAUCUGGUAGCGAGAAGUUCUGUUUCAAAGUACCUUGUAAGUAUAGAGGUUUGGGUGCAAGCCUAAAGGGCAGCUCUAGUUCGCCUUAAUUACCGUCAUCUACAACACUUCACUUAAUGUCUACAGGUAUGGAAGUUAAUUAUAGGCGUCACUAGAUCAUUCUCAGUCAUUUGUUCAGUUGGUUUUUAUGAAACCUUUCAUGAACUAUGUAAGCAAUCUGAGCAGAGUGUGGUUGGACGGGGGGAAUAAAUACCCCUCCCCCAUACCAUAGGUGGUCUUACGCCAAGUUCCCGGAAGCAGCUAUUCCUGUGCCUUCACUUUGACCCUAACCCCGACAUUAACCCUAACUCUUCUAGUCCCAACCCCAACGCCCUCCAAAAUUUGGCGCAAAGCCACCUGUUAUACUUAUUUUCGUGCCUUACGACCAUUUAUGCAAAAUCAAAAUCAACUAUGAAGAAACGCAGUGUACUACUUUAAUUUACAUACGAGAACUAGCGAAAACACAUUACUUAUAGGGCGGUAAUUACUGCCGUUCCCUAACCAGGACGUUUAAGAGGCUCUAAUCUCACUUGCUGGCUGAGUCACCGCGGACGGCUUUGCUUGCGAUUUGACCUGAUUCUCGCAACAUACAGAGUCCAUUUAGUUUGCAUCAGAACUAUUUGAGUGCUGAUGCCUUAUUUUUAUGUACAUAUGGGAUGUCCUCAUCUCACACAUCAGUCAAACCAUACUUGUAAUGACACACACAAAAAGCAGAUCUUUGGAAGUCGACGUACUUUACUGCACUGAAGAUACCGCCUCUCUCCCAUUUCAUUUCACCAAUCAGAGACGCAAAUUACGUGGAGCUGCCGGAGCUGCUGGAGGCGCUGAGGUCUGUCCGUCCAGAAUACGAAAAAUUGCUAGCUUUCUCCUCAACCCCACACUCGGCCGCUCCAUCCAGGGGACCCCCGUCUCCGGGCGGCUCUGUGGAAUCAGAACGGCCGUAUGGUGAGUAUUCCUGUGAGCUGGAUGAGACGGGAGCAACCCAGCAGGAGCAGGCGCUUGCUCUAGCUUGGUGCAAAUCUUCGCAACCGAAAAACUACCUUAUGGCCACACUCAAGUGGGUGCUUCAAGAGCAGUACACUCAUGAGAUCGAGGAUCCGCCUGAUGGAACCAGGCUGCCCAUCGAAGUGGUCAACAGACGACUGGUAGGCGCAAACAUCAAGUCCAGGGACUUGCUAACGGGCAUCCAACAACCCUCUGACUGA